AUGGAAACAGUGCCAUCCUCAAAUCACGCCGUCCAACAUGACCAUAUCUCGGGAGAUGCGAGAAAGCAACGGAUCCAGUCCCCUGAUAUGGUGCAAGCAUGGAUCAUAGGCAACGGCAUUGCAUCUCUCGCGGCUGCUGUCUACUUGCUCCAAGACGCUCGGUUGCCGGCCAGAAACAUCCACCUCCUCAACGCCCAUAGAGGUUGUGACUUGAAAGUAAAGAGCUCUGGCGAUGCAGAAAAUGGCUAUAUUCUGAGGACCGGGGAUUUACCAUUCUUCCACGAUCGAUGUGUGGAUAGCCUUCUAUCCCGCAUUCCAAGUACAGCUGAUCCGUGCAAGUCGAUUCUCGAUACUGUUCGGGAUUCUGAGAGAGAUCCCAAAAACCAAUGCAAGAGUGUCGCCCGCUUUGUGAAGCGUGGCGACGGUCAUCCGGAGAAGCUCGCCCUCAAGAAUUGUCACUUCGAACUCAAACACCGAUGCGAGCUUCUGAAAUUGGUUCUAGAGUAUGAGAGGAGCCUUAAGGGCAAGAGCAUCGAGGACAUCUUUGAUGCCUCUUUUUUCCGCUCGGAUGCCUGGAAAUUAUGGUCCACCACGUUCGCAAUUCGACCCCAACACAGUGCCAUGGAACUUCGCAGGCAGCUAUUCAAGUAUGCUGACAAGCUCAAGGACUUCAAUCGUGUGAGCACCCUUCAUCGGACGCAAUAUACCAUACAUGAAUCGAUAGUGGUACCAAUAACCGAUUUCCUGCACGACGAAGGCGUGGACUUGGCCACCAACUCAGAGAUCAAAUUGUCUCACAAAUCAAUUCAUUAUGGGGAGCCGCUGACGUUCUCCACCAAGAUCAACAAGACAAGGCUGGAAUCAUUCACCGUCACCUUACACAACUCAGCGUUCCUAGAUGAGAACGUCUACGUUGUCUGGGGCUACGGCCUAUAUCCUGACCGAAUUGACGAUUACGUGCGCAAGCCAAUGCUGGACUGCUCAGGGGAGGAGAUACUAAUACAGUUGCUCCAGCAGCUACACUUCCCUGUGGAUCAGAUUCUCCCAGCUGCAAUCACCAUACCGAUGAUCAGACCACUAGCUACGUCUUCCCUGGUGAAUUGGUUUCCUGAUGAUCGGCCCUAUGUGAUUCCGAAACUUAUAACAAAUCUUGCGUUCGCGGGGGCAACUUAUAGAAAUGCUGUGUGA